UGUAACAAUUGCAUUGUUACAGGCAUGGGCGGAGAAGCAUGCGCGUGCGCCCCGGCGCCGCCGCGGCUCCUGCCAGAACCAGAGCCCGACCACCUGUACGACCACCACUCAUCCGAGGAGGAGCUGGAGGUGAUCAACGGGACCCCGAGCGGCGCGGGCGCAGGCACAGCGGGCGCGGGGGCUGACGCGGGCGCGGGGGUGGUGGAGUCGAGGCGGAGGGGCGCGUCCUCACCGCCGCCCGCCGCGCCUGAGAAACGCAAGUGGCCCGCGCAACCUUACGACGACGAGCGGGCCGCGAGACCUCCCUCCUCAGACGAUGAUGAUACCAAGGUGGAGACCCCUGUGCGGUUCCGCACGUCUCCGCCCCUGGAAGCGUUGAAGCCGCGGCGCACUGGCGCGGGCGCAGGCGCGGGUAGCAGCGGGGCGGGCGGUAGUGGCAGCGGGUCGUGCGGCUGCGAGCGCGCGCCGCCCUCCCCGCGUCGCCGCCGCAUGCCGCUGCCGCCGCCGCGCCGCCACCGCCCCGCGCUAGACUUCGACAAGAUGCAGCAGCUGAAGGUGGUGGGCGGCGGCGUGCGAUCGUGGCGCGCGGUGGGCGGCGCGGGCGGCGAGCUGUCCGUGUUCUGCUGGUGAUGACGCGCUCUCGCAGUGAUUUAAAGCGAGCUGUGACCGAAGUGAGGAGCGCCGACCGUGCAACUUAACCAUAUCACAACCGCCUCCUCCACUCCGCGAUACGCCCCGGCUGAAUGUCAACACCACCCCCAACACCCAAGUACAAACUGACUAGAAGCGGGGGGGGAGCGUCAUUCCGACGAUUUCUACACGGAAACUUUCGUAUCGUCACCGUAUUCGUGAUUAGAAAUGGCGACGAUUUCAGAUUCACGCGAAAUGCAGGAGCAAAAUGCUCAGUGCCGGCGCAUCGACGAGUUAUCGAUGUAGGCAAAUAAGGGGUAGUUGCCUCGAGUUUUUCUUUGUUUCCAAUAUUAGAUGGUUGUUAUAUGAAUUGUCUUAAGCCGAUCAGGUAUAUUGUAGGGGAAAAGAGGGACAGCAAAAGCUUCUCUCGCUCCUUAUCGUUGUUGUAUCCUGAUUGCUGCUUGUUCUUCU